AUGGUACCCCCUACAAUACCAAAUGAGCCCAUAGCCGUGAUUGGGUCCGGAUGCCGCUUCCCUGGCGGUAUCAACACGCCAUCCAAGUUAUGGGACGAACUCAAGGCGCCUACGGAUCUCCAGCGCCAGAUUCCCAAAGACCGCUUCAAUAUUGAGUCCUUCUACCAUCCAGACGGGACGCACCAGGGGCGGACCAAUGCGGUGCAUGCGUAUACUCUGUCCGCCAACACGCACGCCUUUGACCCAUCUUUUUUCAAUAUCCAGCCACACGAAGCUGAGGCUAUCGACCCGCAGCAGCGGUUGCUCCUGGAGACGGUAUACGAGGGCAUUGCUUCGGCGGGGUUGAGAGUAGAGAACCUCGCAGGCAGUUCCACAGCCGUCUACGUUGGCGUGAUGACGCAUGACUUUGAAACGAACAUCACGCGUGACUUGAACAACGUUCCGACGCACACUGCGACUGGCAUUUCGUUGUGUAUUGCAUCUAAUCGGGUGUCAUACUUUUUUGACUGGCAUGGGCCAAGUUUGAGAAGUGGUUCGAGUAAAAUCGCUGUGGCGGCUGGCGCCAACUUGAUCCUCGAUCCCAUGCCUUAUGUCUUGGAAAGCAAGUUGAACAUGCUUUCUCCAACUGGUCGGUCUCGCAUGUGGGAUGCGGCAGCUGAUGGCUACGCACGAGGUGAAGGUGUCGCCUGUGUUGUUCUCAAGACGCUAAGCCAAGCGCUCGCAGACGGUGACCAAAUCGAAUGCAUCAUACGCGAGACAGGCGUCAAUCAGGAUGGCCGCACGCCAGGUAUUACGAUGCCAAACAACGCAGCGCAAUCAGCUCUCAUUCGUGAGACGUACAAAAGGGCAGGUCUCAAUCUCGAGAACCCCACCGACCGUUGUCAGUUCUUCGAGGCGCAUGGAACUGGAACACCGGCCGGUGACCCGCAGGAGGCCGAAGCCAUAUCAACAGCCUUUUUCGGCCACAGACAGCGCACGACCGACGAAGACCCGCUGUACGUUGGCAGCGUCAAGACUGUCAUCGGGCACACCGAGGGAACGGCUGGUAUUGCAGGCUUGAUGAAAGCAUCCCUGGCCGUGCAGCACGGCGUCAUACCCCCGAACCUGCUGUUCGAGAAUCUCAGUCCUCGCGUUGCACCUUACUAUCAGGACUUGCGUAUUAUCAAAGAGGCACAGCCAUGGCCCGCUCUAGCUCCAGGCCAGCCAAGGCGAGCAAGUGUCAACUCAUUUGGCUUUGGCGGCACAAAUGCACACGCCAUUAUCGAGAACUAUUCACCCGCAGAAAUUCCCGGCCGCGCGCUCCAGGAAGGUCAGAAGAGCAGCUCCGCAGCACUAUGCGCCACUCCGCUUGUACUUUCCGCCAAGUCAGAGCGUUCAUUGAAGGCCUCCAUGGAAGGCCUCAUCCAGUUCCUCAAAGAAAACCCAGGUGUUGAGAUGCGGGACGUAACCUGGACCCAGUUACACAACCGCUCCGUGCUCAACGUGCGCCGCGCCAUUGUCGGCGCCCACACCCCAGAGACAGCAUGCAUUGCCCUUGAGAGGGAAAUUGCCAGUAUCAACGCCAGAGAAGGUCUAACGGUGGCGACCUCAGAUCUUAGAAGUAAUCCCAGCAUCCUCGGCAUCUUCACUGGCCAGGGAGCACAGUGGCCUUCUAUGGGCAAGCAGUUGGUGUCCGAGAUCCCACUUGCCAGGGCGAUCAUCGCGGAGCUAGACGAGUCAUUGAGGAGUCUUCCGCAGGAGUACAGACCAAGCUGGACGCUUUACGACGAGAUGAUGCGUGAAAAUUCCGAGUCCAACGUCAUGAACGCGGCUUUCUCUCAGCCCCUGUGCACCGCAGUACAGAUCAUGCUCAUCCGGCUACUCGCUGCCGCUGGCAUCAACUUCAAAGCCGUCGUGGGCCACAGCUCUGGCGAGAUCGCGUGCGCAUAUGCUGCAGGUUUCAUCACUGCUACCCAGGCAAUACGCAUCGCGCACCUGCGCGGCGUCGUGACAACCGCGUUUGCCGCAUCACCUACUGGAGCCAAGGGUGCCAUGCUCGCCGCAGGCACUUCUUACACGGACGCCCUAGAACUUUGUGCCCUCGACACAUUCCAGGGCCGUAUCUGCGUCGCCGCAAGUAACUCUCCGGAUAGUGUGACCCUCUCAGGCGACGAGGAUGCCAUCCAAGAGAUGCGGGAGGUCUUCGAGGACGAGUCCAAGUUUGCGCGUUUACUUAAGGUGGACAAGGCUUAUCACUCACACCACAUGAUCCCCUGUGCCUCUCAUUACUCACAGGCCAUGGAAGCAUGCGGCUAUUCGGCACUCAUCGAAGAUACGCCAUCUUCUUCCUCCCCUGUCUGGUAUUCGUCCGUCCAUGGGGGCAAAGUCAUGACUGCUAGUGACGCUGUCAGUGACUACUGGAAAGAUAACCUGACCUCGCCGGUCCUCUUCUCGCAAGCACUCACGCGCGCCAUGGAUGAAAACACUGCUCAACUCGAUGUCGCCAUUGAAGUCGGCCCACAUCCAGCCCUGAAGGGGCCUGCCCUCUCAACCAUGCAAGCGAGCGCAGGCAUCAAGCUUCCAUACACGGGAUGCAUGCAACGCGGGGGCGACGACGUCGACGCUUUUGCGGGAGCUCUAGGCCAUCUCUGGGAGCUGUUCGGCUCGGGUUGCUUAGAUGUUCCGGGGUUCAUCACCAAGGUCUCGCCAAGGGGGGUGGACAGAAGUUUGGCAAAAGAGCUCCCGCGGUACCCAUGGGACCACUCGCGGUCAUACUGGGCGGUGUCGCGUCGCGCAAAGGCCUUCCUUCACGGCGACAGACCACACUUUCUACUGGGCAAAUUGUCAGCCGACAGUACUUCAUCGUCACUUUUUUGGAACAACUUCAUCAGGCCACGAGACAUUGAGUGGCUCGACGGCCAUGGACUGCAAGGGCAAACGGUUUUCCCAGGUGCGGGGUACGUAAUCAUGGCCAUGGAAGCUGCCCUUCAUGUUGCCUCAGGUCGCGAAGUGCAACUGCUGGAGGUACUACAGUUGAGCAUCGACAAGGCCAUCACUUUCGAAGACGAAAACAGUUCAGUGGAACUUUCUCUCAAGACAGACAUUGUCACGUCCGAGACUUCCAACUCUAGUCGAAUCGUGCUCAACUUCAACAUCGAUUCUUGCCUAGCUAAGGAGAACAGUCUCUCCUCUUCAGCCAGGGGCCAGAUUGUCGUUACAUUUGCUCCCGCCAAUCCAUCUGGACAGGCCUUGCCUCCUGCACAGGAGGAGCCGCCGCACAUGAACAAGAUCAAUCUCGAUACAUUCUACAAGGAACUCGCGAGCAUCGGUUACCAGUACUCCAAGGAGUUCCGCGACAUUCUCAACAUGAAGCGCGUUGACGGUAAGACAACCGGUACCAUGGGCUUCCCAAAAUGCCUCGACGGUGACCGUUCCGUUGUUCUGCACCCGGCGACACUGGAUUUGUCUUUUCAGACAGUUAUUGGCGCAUAUUCAUCGCCAGGAGAUAAGCGACUAAGGUCGCUUCACGUACCCACUAGUAUUGAGCGCGUCGCUGUCGUGCCAUCUUUAUGUGCUUCACUGUACAAUAAGAGUCUUGGAAGUGUCUCCUUCAACUCAUCGGUACGGACGUCUACUAGUGAAGCCAUUGGAGGUGAUAUUGAAGUAUUCGUGCCGGCCAGCGAUACACUCAGCCAGGAAAGAGCCACCCUGUUUCAGGUUGAUGGCAUUGUGUUCAAGCCCUUCACGCCCCCGUCUGCUGCCGACGACCACCGUAUGUUCUCAAAAUGGGUCUGGGGUCCGCUUGUCCCCGAGAAGCUUUUGGAUGAUGAGCGGCACUGGGCAACGGAGGAUGACAAGAUCAUCAUGCCUCUAAUGGAGCGCGCCGUCUUCUUCUACGCCAGGACUUUCUUGCAACAGAUUACCGAGGACGACACACUCCAUGCCGCUCCCUAUCAUCAACAACAGAUCAAGUGGUUCGAGCAUAUCCUAGUUGAAACGAGAGAUGGGCGCCUCCAUUCAUGGUAUGAUGCGUCAUGGGAGACCGACGCUCACGAUGACAUUACAAAAAAAUGCGAGAAGUACGACCUAGUGUCUCAGAUUGCCCACCGCCAUCAGAACAUGAAUAUUCUCGAGAUUGGUGCUGGUACCGGCGGCGCAACUAAGCACGUUCUGGGCUCGCCGCAGCUCGCGUUCGACACCUACACCUUCACCGACAUCUCUUCGAGCUUCCUCGACAAGGCGCGUGAAACAUUUGCUCAACACGAGGAUCGUAUGGACUUCCGCACGCUGGAUAUCCGCCAGAGUCCCGAGGAGCAGGGCUUCAAGCCGCACCAAUACGAUCUGAUCGUUGCUUCCAACAUCUUGCACGCCACGCCAAAUCUCCAGGAAUCUAUGGCAAACGUCAGGAAGCUCCUCAAACCCGGCGGCCACGUUGUUGUGAUGGAGCUCACGCAUCGCGAGCACGCUCGUCUUGGUUUUAUCUUCGGCCUGUUCCCAGACUGGUGGGCAGGCCAAGACGAAGGCCGUAUUUGGGAACCGUUUGUGAGCUUCGAGAAGUGGGACGAGGUUCUUAAGCAGACUGGAUUCUCGGGUAUCGAUUCCCGUACUCUUGAUCGCGAUGCCGCGCUGUUUCCCAACUCGUGCUUCAGUACGCACGCCAUCAACAACCACAUAUCUAGACUUGACAGCCCGCUCUCUGUACUGACAGAGAGCACGCAUCCUGCAAUUGUGAUCAUUGGCGGCAACUCUCCUUGGAUGGAUAACGUUAUUGGUGGGCUGCAGCAGAUGCUGCCUCAUCGCCGGUUCAACCUUGUCAAGCGAAUGCAAGACAUUCAUGAGACUGACCUGGAGCCCAAGUCCUCAUUCCUAAUUCUUUCCGAAUUGGACGAUGCGUUAUUUGUCGGUCUGGACGAGGACAAGUUCGAAGCUAUCAAAUCCAUCUUCUAUUAUGCCGCCCAUGUUCUUUGGGUCACGGAGAAUGCCUGGGUUGAACACCCUUACCAGGCCAUGGUUAUCGGCCUACUUCGCUCAGUGCGCCUCGAACAUCCCGACGUCUCCACCCAGGUCCUCGAUGUAGAUCGCCUCGACAGCCUCGGAAUUGACCUCCUGGCCGAACAACUGCUUCGUCUCGAGUAUGGGGCAAACUGGCAAGAAGACCGCUUGGUAUGGACUCAAGAGCCCGAGAUUUACCUGUCACAGGGCCGACUUAUGGUCCCUCGCCUGAAGCACGACAUGGCAAGAAACGACCGGCUCAACUCGACGAGGCGGCCUAUUUUGGCCGACGUUGAUUUGAGCAACUGCCCUGUGAGCUUAUGCAGGACGAAUGGGGAUGCGUAUUUGGAGUGCAGCAGCACCGAGGCGAAUCCUUCUCUCGUCAAGAUAUCUGUCCGCUUCGCUCUCGUCAAGUCCAUCCGCGUCGGCAACCUGGGAUACCUGUAUCUUGUUCAAGGCACCGAUGUUGCUUCCGGCAAGGCUGUCGUUGCUCUCUCACAGGACAACGCAUCCACUGUCGCGGUACCUGACAGUCGAGUAUUCACCCUGAAUUCCGCCGACGGCAGCCAGUGCGUUCUACUUCCCAUCGCCGCAGAACUAAUGGCGCAAAAAAUCACUUCACAAGCCGCUCCUGGCUUUGCCGUCUUGAUCUUGGAACCACCUCAGUUCUGCAUUGAGGCACUCGCCCGAGCAGCCAAGAGCACGGGCGUGGUUGUCAAGUUCGCCUCAGUGCAGCCGGCGCAAAUCGAGGUAUCGCACUCAUCCCAGGUACAGUGGAUAACUUUGCAUGAGAAGGAGACACAUGGUGGUCUCGCAUCUAAAGCGAUAACUCCUGAAUUAUCGGCUUUGUAUGACUUUUCAGCCGACCAGAGUCUCUUUGGCCUUGGCCGCCGCCUUGCUGCUUGCCUCCCGUCAACAUGCUCAGUAUACCGAGCCGAGCAUCUUGCCCAAGAUCUGGCGACACAAACUAUCUCCGCCCCAGACACGAAUGACCACAGGCAGCUUGUUGAACGAGCAGUGACUGCGGCCAUUCCCACUUCAGCCGCUACAUCUGUAAUCUCAGCAGAUGAGUUGACUGCUUCUAAGGGCCCUUGCGACAUGUCGACGGUGAUUAACUGGCAGGCUAGCCAAACUAUCAGCGCGCGGAUUAAGCCCAUCGACUCCAAGAACCUUUUCGUGUCAACAAAGACGUACAUCCUCGUGGGUCUCGCUGGCGACCUCGGCAGAUCCCUCGCCCGCUGGAUGAUCAGGCAUGGCGCGCGCCAUGUUGUCCUCUCCAGCCGCAACCCGCAAGUCGACGCGCGUUGGCUGAGUGAGACAGAGGACAUUGGAGGUAAUGUGCUGGUGCUUCCCAUGGACGUCUCAGACAAACCGUCCGUGGACGCCGGGCUCGCCAAGAUCACCGCGUCGGGCAUGCCUGCCAUUGGCGGUCUUGCUUUCGGACCGCUGGUGCUCCAGGAUAUUCUGUUCAAGAACAUGGAUCUGGAGAUGAUGGAAAUGGUGGCAGCGCCGAAGGUGACGGGAGCCCGCAUUCUCAACGAGGCCCUGGCGGAGGCUCCGCUGGACUUCUUUGUCAUGUUUUCGUCCGUUGUCGCGGUUUUGGGCAACCCCGGUCAGAGCGCGUACAGCGCUGCGAACUCUUAUAUGCAUGGUCUAGCCCAGCAGCGACGGGCGCGAGGGUUGGCGGGAUCAACAAUCGACAUUGGUGCCGUGUACGGCGUCGGUUACGUCACCCGCGCCGGCCGCGAAGAGGAAUUUGACGCCGUCCGCUUCUUGUUCGACACCGUUUCAGAGGAUGAGCUACAUGCACUCUUUGCCGAAGCGGUCGUCGCUGGGCUGCCUGACGCGCCUAAGGACCAGGACAUCGAAGUCAUUACGGGAGUGCCGUUCAUCGACCCCGUCUAUCGGGAACGCAUUCCCUUCUUUGAUGACCCGCGAUUCGGGUACUACAUGCUCCAGGACCACAAGAACAAAACCGAAGAUGCGGCAGCCUCGGGUAGCAGUAUCAAGGAACGACUGAUGAUGGCCGAGUCCACAGAUGAGGUCCGCGAGAUUGUCAUCGACGGGCUAUGUACGAAGCUUCGUAGCACCUUGCAGAUUGCUCCGGAGGAUGUCGUUGACAUAUCGAGCCCUUUGAUAGAUCAAGGUGUUGACUCUCUCGGAGCAGUCACGAUUGGGACAUGGUACGUUUGUUCUGUCCGAGAAUUAUUCGGCUUGUGCCAGGAUAAGACUAAUCUUCCGGCUUGUAGGUUCUCUAAGCAGCUCAACCUCGAUCUCCCGUUGCUAAAGGUCCUUGGCGGCGCAUCCAUCAUGGACUUGGCCACAGAGGCGGCAGAAAGAUUGUCCCCCUCAGCCAUCCCUCUAGUUCAGUCCGGCUCAAGCAGCGAUGACGACGCGUCCGGACCCUCGGGCAACGCCUUCAAGUCCGAUACCUCUGCAGAAGUGGAAUCUGGCACGGAGACACCCCUGACAGAGCCAGAAGACGUGGAAGAAGAUAGAAAAGAAUCUGUGGUUGUCCGACAAGAGAAGCUGUCUCUUGCCCAAGAGUACUCAUGGACGCUCCAGCAGCAGGCUGACGACCCGACCAUCUUCAACUCCACCAUCGGCAUGUUCAUGGAAGGUCCCACCGACUUGACACGACUAUCUAGGGCCGUGAACAUCAUGUUGCGCCGACACGACAUCUUCCGCACAAAGUUCUAUGACGCCAAAGAUGGAGCUAUCCAGGCCGUCAUGUCGUCGCCCUCGCCGCUGGUCCGAUUGCAAGAGGUCCCGGUCGUAGAUCGAGAAGCUGCUCUGCAAGGCUUCAAGCGGUUGGAAGCCCACAGCUACGACCUUGCCGCAGGAGACACGAUGAAGCUCGUCGCCUUCCAAUGGUCGCCCAACCACCACCUGCUGGUCCUCGGCUAUAGUCGCUUCGUUGGAGACGGCCAAACCACUGAGAACCUCUUUAACGAAAUCGGACAGCUGUACGCUGGCGUCACGCUUCCGCCCCCGGCGCAACAGUACCCAGACUUCGCGGCCCGACAGCGACAAGACUUCGAGAAUGGCCGCAUGGACGAAGACAUUUCCUUCUGGACGUCUCUUCACAAGACGCUCGCCGUCGUCUUGCCCGUCAUGGACCUACCCAAGGCCCAGCCGCGCACCACCGCCGCCACUACGGUUGCGGGCGGCGCGUGGAGCCAGCACGCAUUCAGCGUCCGGCUGAACCCGAUGAUCGCCAUCCGCGUCAAGGAGCGCAGCCGCAAGCACAAGGCCAGCCCUCUGCACUUCUACCUGACUGCCUUCCACGUGCUCCUCGCCCGGCUGACCGGCACCACCGACGUUGCCGUCGGCGUCGCCGACACGAACCGGCCCAGCCUGCAGGACGUGGCAACGAUGGGCUACUUCGCCAACCUGCUUCCCCUACGCAUGGCCUACUCAGCGGGCGACACCUUUGGGGAUGAGCUCGUGGCGGCCAAAGAGCACAUGCGGGCUGCGCUGCAGCACUCCCAGGUGCCGUACAGCGUCCUGCUCGAGCGUUUGGAUUUGCUCCCGCCCCAGCCACGAGCAGUGGCGGGUGCGGAGGCAGCGGCACCGCUGUUCCAGGCCGUGUUCGACUACCGGCAGGGCCAGGCGGAGAGCGGCGCCAUCGGCGAGGCCAAAAUCACCGAGGUGCAGGCGUCGCGUGAACGCACGCCGUACGACGUGGUGCUCGAGAUAUCGGACGACCCGAGCAAGACGCCGCUCAUCACAUUCAAAUUGCAAAGUGCGCUGUACAAUCCCGAGGACGCGCAGUAUAUUGCCAACGCGUACCUGUCCGUGCUGUCUGUCUUCUCCCGGAACCCAGCGCUGAAGGUCAACGAGGGGCGUUUGGACCAGCCUCUUAAGGGGGCCGUGGCUUGA